AUGGGACUCGUGUUCAGUCGUUUUGUGAAAUGGUUCAGUUUUUGGUCUGAACCGCAGUGUAAAAUUUUACUUCUCGGUUUGGACAAUGCGGGCAAGACAACACUGUUGUACUGGCUUCGUUUGCGCUCUGCUAUUGUGACCAUACCAACUGUGGGUAUCAAUGUGGAAGAGGUGCGUAUCCCCGGGACCGGGAUUACCAUGCUCACUUGGGAUAUUGGUGGUCAGGAAAAACUGCGCAAACUUUGGUCCCGAUUUUUCGCGGAUGCACGUGGUGUGAUCUUUGUGUUGGACAGUGCGGACACGGCCAGAUUUGAUGAGGCCAGUACGGAAUUGGACAAACUGCUCAACGAUCCGGUUCUGAGCGGUGUCCCAUUUCUGAUUGUGGCCAAUAAACAGGAUCUACCACAUUCCAAACCGACUCACACGAUCAAGGCCGAUCUGGAUGUGUUUCAUUCAUACGAUUGGCCGCGAACCAAACAUACGGUGCUGUUAAAACCGGCUGUGGCAACCACUGGACAAGGACUGCAGGAAGCCAUGGUGGAGUUUGGUUUACUGGUAAAAGAUUGUAUGAAACAAGGAAACCAGAUUUCAUCAAAAUAA